AGUGCUUUUCCAUUUCAUUUGAUUGACAGAGUGUAGUGUGCAGUUUCGGCAAAGAAAGAGCCAAAAAAUCAGAAAGCGAAAAAUCCGUAGAUUCCAAUCCUAACCCCUUGUGUGUGUAUUGUGUGCAUUCUACACUGUCACAUAAAAUCACACACGCAAAACCGCACUAAGCUUUUUCUUACGAUUUCGAUUUCUUCAAAGAUCUCUUCAUUCUCAAACAAUGAGUCGCUACGAUCCAAACCCUUUCGAAGAAGAAGAGACUCAUGUCAAUCCUUUUGCGGACGGAACAGCUAAAGGAAAAGGGUCAGGACAAUCCAGUUAUGGUGGAGGUGCAUUCUACACUACUAACCCUGGAAGUGUUCCUUCUGCAGCCUCAAGACUCUCACCCCUUCCUCAUGAGCCUUAUGAUCGUAAUGCAACUGUUGACAUCCCUCUCGAUAGCUCAAAGGAUGUCAAAGCAAAGGAGAAGGAACUUCAAGCUCGAGAGUCUGAAUUGAAAAAAAGGGAACAGGAACUAAAACGAAGAGAGGACGCCAUUGCACGAGCUGGUAUAGUUAUAGAGGAAAAAAACUGGCCACCUUUUUUCCCCAUCAUUCAUCAUGACAUUGGAACUGAAAUACCAAUUCAUCUUCAAAGGAUGCAGUAUAUUGCAUUUUCAACAUGGUUAGGUUUGGUUCUGUGUCUUCUGUGGAAUAUAGUGGCAGUUACCACUGCUUGGAUCAAAGGAGAAGGUCCAACCAUCUGGUUUCUUGCUAUUAUAUAUUUUAUUUCUGGUGUUCCAGCAUCCUAUGUGAUGUGGUAUCGCCCUCUUUAUCGCGCUAUGAGGACGGACAGUGCUCUGAAGUUUGGCUGGUUUUUUGUCUCUUACAUGUUGCACAUUGCUUUUUGCAUUUUCGCUGCAGUUGCCCCACCAAUUAUCUUCAAAGGAAAAUCUCUCACAGGUAUUUUGGCUGCGAUUGAUGUGAUAGGCGGCAGUGCAUUGGUUGGGAUAUUCUACUUCAUUGGGUUCGGAUUUUUCUGUAUCGAGUCACUGAUGAGCGUCUGGGUUUUUCAGCAAGUAUUGAUGUACUUCCGUGGAAGCGGCAAGGCUGCAGAGCUGAAGCGAGAGGCAGCCAGAGGAACGAUGAUGGCAGCUCUAUGACUUUGCAUUAGCAAAUGUUUUCACAAAUGUUAUAACCCCAAAAUUUUAUCUCUCCAGUUACCAGUUCCUUGCACCUUUAUCGCCUUUCUUAAUACUUGGAUGUUUUUUCCUAGCUUCUCGUCUAGGUUUGAUUUAGACGACAUAAUUAAAGAAAGAACUCACAGCGGUUGUGCAUAUAUAGAAAAACAUUGUUUCAGAUUGCUCCUUUGACACAUAACGUUUCAAUUUGCAUGCUCCUCACAUUGUUAUUUGGUGUUGCAUUAGUUGUCCAAUUUUGGUUGUACGAAUAACACAACUCAUUACAAUAUGCAUCAUCUUCAACCGAUUGUUCUUCAGCUUGGAGGGCUUUUGAUUUUGAAGCUUUUUUCUUUUGA